UUUGUUAAUUAAGUUUUCCUGACAAAUAUUGUAAAUCAUAACCUUUGUUCGACAUUGGUUUUCUUAUUAUCGUAAUCCACUUCUGAGUCUGCUAAAAAUAUUAAAUUAUACGUGAAGAGAUAAGCCUCUCAAUAGUAGAGCUAAAAAAAACCCGGCCAAAUGCGUGUCGGGUCACGCGCAGUGUAGGGUUCCGUAGAUCAAGUUAGCACUUCAGUCCUUUAUGUAAUGCACAAAAAUACCGAAAUCGAUACACACCAUGGGAUAGACGAUAAAAAAUUCAUCCUCACUUAGCAUGUAAGGAAAGAACCCCAAAAUAGAUUUUAAUCUGGAUUAACAUAUAGGCUUCUUUCAUCCCCGAAAAAUCCAUGGUUCCCGCGGGAUUUGUGAAACACUGAAUUUCACGCGGACGAAGUCGCGGGCGUCCGCUAGUGAUGUAUAAAGGUGCAUCUAUGAAUUAGAUCGAUGUAUAAAGACCGAUAAUAAUAAUGAUAUCGAUAUAACUUUUAAUCAGGAAUAGAUAAGACUUUCAAUUACGUUGGGAACGCUACUAAGUAUAAAUUUAUUUAUACGAGUACACCCGGCGCUAAAUCAUUUAACAGUUUAUAUUUUAAACUUUAAAAAAUAAAAUAUGUCAAUACGACCGCUAACUCCUGAACUAGCCGCGAAAGCUCAAAAGGAGUUAAAUGAAGAUCCUAAAAGGAUUCCCAGUGACCUGGAACAUAUAAAGGAUUGGUUGGCGAAACAACCGCACAUUUACGCCAGAACAGACGACCAAUGGCUGAUAGCGUUUUUGCGGGGUUGUAAGUACAGCUUGGAGAGAACUAAAGAGAAGCUCGAUCUCUAUUACACCUUGCGGACCAUAACACCAGAGCUCUAUACGUUUAAGCCCGAUAACCCAAAGUUUGAUGAGUUUAUGGACUCAGGCGCUUAUGUCCUGAUGCCUAAAACAGAGACGCCUGAUUCACCGCGGCUGGCAAUCAUGCGUAAUGGAAUGGUUGAUCCCGAGAGAAUAACUAUGAUAGACGUGUUUGGUGCUAUGCUGAUCAUUCAAAAGAUUGUGAUGCUGGAAGACGAUAAUUCUGUUGUAAGUGGAAUUAAAUUUAUUUGUGACUUAGAAGGAAUUACUAUGGCGCAUAUGUUGCAAAUUACUCCAAAUAUGAUGAAAAAGAUGAGUGUGCAAUCACAGGAUGCUGUGCCAUUAAGAAUGAAAGGAGCACAUUAUAUCAAUUGCCCAGCUGCUUUUGAGAAAAUUAUUAAUUUAAUGAAAACUAUGUUAAACGAAAAAAAUAAGAGUAGAUUGUACGUGCAUGGUAAAAAUUACGACGCUCUGUAUCAACACAUACCGAAGCACCUUUUGCCAGCGGAGUAUGGAGGUGAAGGUGGAUCCAUUAAAGAAAUUGCAGACUAUUGGAAGGCUAAGCGGCGCCAAUAUAGUUCAUGGUUGGAAGAAGAUAUGAAAUACAAGACAGAUGAAUCAAAACGACCUGGCAAGCCCAAGACUGCUGAAAGUAUGUUUGGAAUUGAAGGCUCUUUCAGGCAAUUAGAAUUUGAUUAACAAUGGUAUACUAAUUAAUAUAUGUAUAGUUGAAAAUUUUAAAAGUAUUGAAAUAAAAUAAUUUAAAAUUAUUAUAAUCACUAACAAUAAGGAAAUAGUUUCCAAAUAAUACCUGAUUAAAAAGGCGUAUAUUUUAA